AUGGCUGCAACAGACGAAGAACCUCCGGCUAUCCAGACACCAGGUGGCGAGCGUGAUUUACCCGUGAACAAGAAGGUGAAACACUUUGGAAGUCCCGUUCUGGCCAACAAUGCAGCUCUCAGUUGGUACACGGAGCGGGCAUACCUGGAUGAUCGCUAUGCUCGGUGGACGACACACGGCAGUCGAGACUUUCUACGCUCGCUAACUCGACAGGCAACGCGAUCAAGGUACUUUGCUCGUGGCUUUCCCAAUUCCUGGAACAACGUAUCUGAGGAGAUGUGGAGCACCUUCCAAGAGGGUUACAGCCCGCAGACCUGGAGAGGCACCACCAGCUCGGCCAUGGAGGGCUUCCAGCAGCUGGUGCCCAGCCAGGCGUCUCUCCUCUUGGUGGCAGGUGCCAGCAUGCGUGCGGACGAAUACCGACCGAAGCAGAAAGCUGCCAAGCCGAGGUUCUAUCAAGAGCUCGCGAAGCGGCCGAAGCGGUGCUGCAUGCAGCUGUGGAGGCAAAAGCGCUCGGACCCCAUCCUCGCGUUCGUGUCCUUCUUGGGCCUCUCGCAUCUCCAGCCAGCACGUCGCUGCAGCGCCGCUGGAAACAGCAGGAGCAUCGAGGCCGAGUUCGGGAGACGUUGCGGUAUGUCUCCGAGAGGCCGCCAGCAGCCGGUCCCGUUCGGGUCCAAGCAUCUAGGUUGUUGGAAAGCUGUAAUGGAGCCAGCUCAGGACGUCUUGCAAUGCCUGCCAGGAUGCGGUAACUCGGUGCAGAACUUUUCCGGAACGCAGCACCGUGUAGGGGCUGCACUGGUGAAGGCCGCAAGUUUUGCAGACGGAGAUGCCAAGACAUAUGGAUAUUCCCUGCGGGAAGCCUCGAAGUGGAUCGAUGAAUUCGCCUGCGCAGCUCUCUGUCAGUUGAUUCUGGAUGACAGGCGGAUUGGAAGCACCUCCGAUGUGGGUGCACCGUUACGGCGGCGAAGGGCACUCCCACCCUUCUUGUAUGUGGAGGCCAUCAGCCCCUUCCUGCGCUUCGAUGGCCUCUUGCCCAACAUGCUGUAUGCCUUUGGCGGGCGCAACCAGGAGGACGGCCCUUUGAACACAGUUGAGAUCUUCAACACCUGGCAUGGCUGCUGGGUUCGUGGACCGCCAAUGCCCAAACGUCGUGCCGGUAGUGCAGCUGCCCUUCUUGAUGAUGGGCGCAUGAUGAUCAUUGGUGGGUACAAUGAACGUGGCAUCGCAGAGGGUCUCUUGGCCAGUUGCGACAUCUUCGAUCCGCUGGCUGGCACCUGGAUAGAGGACGGAGCUGCGUCACUUGCGCGAGCGCGAUGGGGCCAUGGUUGUGCAUCGCUGCAGGGCAAGGUCUAUGUUGUCGGCGGAUGUUCGCUCCAGCUUGACGCACCCCUACAGGAGUCCUUCAUGGAGACGCUGCGGCAGUGUGAGAUCUACCUUCCCAAGGAGAAUCGGUGGAUACCAACAGCACCCUUGCAGAUCGCGAGAUCCGGAACUCGAGUGGUCGCACUAGGCUCCAGGGUGCUAACAGCCAUUGGUGGUUGUGAUGACGUCUUCGGCCGUGCUGAGACCCAGCCCACAGUAGAGCUGUACGAUAUCGAGAACCAGCAUUGGUCAGUUCUGGAACACAAGCUGAUCCAUCCCAGGCGGAAGUGUGAGAUAUUGCAUCCUGCUUCUCAAAGAGCUCUGUAG